AUGUCGCAAUGCAUUCCUAUGAAGGAAUACAUGGCUGAAGUAGCGACGCACAUGAAACUAACUUAUGCGCUUGCCGGUAGGCCCCAGAAAAUGGCAGUGGCUGGGGAUUACCUUUAUUGGACUCAAGGCAAAGAGCAGAAUCUUUUCAGAGUUCUUAAAAGUAAGCUAGACGAUCCUCCACAGCAAGUGAUUGUCUAUAAAAACACAUCAUCGGACAAGCAUGAUCAAAAGCUUAGCAAAGAGGAGGAGCUGCUCCGAGAGCGUUUGCGUCAAUUGACGACUGGCGUCAGCAGCUUUCGGGUACGCGGGACUGAUCAUGCCAUUUUUUACUUUAUCGGCCUGGAUCUUUUUAUCUACUACACACAGGGUCCUCGCGCAGGCAAAGAGCCAUUGCGAGUAUUUUCCUAUUUAUCAAAGGAAGACAGAGAGCGUUAUACGGAUGCGAUCGCCACGCAGCCUAACUUGUGUGUGCAGUUUGUCAGGGAUAAUGCGGGUUCUAGCGCAGAGUCGCUCACCUCAUUUACUUUUGUCAACCAACACAACCUUUACAUGGCGCAUCUGAGCGAGCACCCCGAGGACGACGCGGCACCGCUUACGCUCUCCGUGGAGCAGAUCACCAGCAUCGGUGAUGAGGCGCAUCCCUGCGGCUUAGCGGACUACAUCAUGCAAGAGGAAUUCUAUCGAUAUACUGGGCAUUACGCUAACGAGGACUAUAUUAUCUUCAGCUAUAUUGACUCUACGAAUAUGCGGCAGGUGGCGCUGCUUAAAGGCGAAAUCGCAGAUGAUAAUGCGGAGAACGACGGCAUAGAGCGCAUGGCGUACUCCAGGGUCGGAGAUCCCAACACGCGCACAACCAUCGUGGUGUACGAGCGCCAGACCCACACAAUGCGGUACGUUCCCAACAAGUCUCUUCAACAGGUGGGCGUUGAUGGUGGGUUCGAAUACAUCCCGCGCUUCGGCUUCAAGGGCAAGUCCGACAUUUACCUUUAUCUGUUGAACCGCACCCAGGAACACGCCGUGAUAGUUUCCUGCCCGGUCAAAUCCUUGCCACUCAUAGACGAGGCGUCUUUGCAGCGUCUCUAUGCCACCAAAGACAGAGAGGUUCACGGGAAUGAUUCGCCCUCCAUCCCCUUCAAGCGGGAGUGGAGCCAACGAAUUCCGUGGGCGUGGAUUAAUCUGGAUGACUGUGAGCCGAUUUUCUACGGAGGGGCGUACGAUAUCACGCACUGCGCCGCCGUGGACACCCCGACCGCGCACUAUCAUCUCUACGUCCGCCCUUCCGGGGCCGGAGAGGAGGACUGGAAACCCCUAACCUGUGGGACGUGGAAUGUGGAAAGUGCGUCCGUUAAGGUCCAUAAGGGCCGAAUCAGCUUCAUCGCGAACGCCGAGGGUCGCCUGAAGAAAACCCUCUACUCCAUUCCCCUCUCCGAGGAUGCGAUUCGGAAGCCGAAGGACGCACCCGAUUUAACCCGACACACCCCUUUGACCGAGCAUGUCUACCCUUCCUACUUAAUGCACGGUGAGGAGAUCUUCUACUGCACCAGCACCUUAACUCGUCCGGCGGUCCUCUUUGGCACCACCGUAGACGCCGGGGAUGACCUCUCGCGGCGGGUUGCCCAGACGGCGUCGUGGAUACCAAGCCCCACUGAGGCUCCCAUCGAAAUGGGGGAACUCCCCGUAAUCCGGGAGGGCGUCCAAACCACCACCCUGCAAGGUUGCCGCCUGGUGGUUCCGGAGGUGGUGACGAUAAAGAACCGCCGUGGGGAGGAGAUUAGCGCGUCCGUCUUUGCUUCACCAUACGCAAAGCCGGAUUCGCGGGCCUCCCCGCUCGCGCUUUACAUCUACGGCGGCCCCCACGCGCAGCUCGUGGAGGAGGCGAACUUCCACGCGGUCGCGGCGACCAACGUACAGGUGCUGCUCCGCCACGGCGUCUCCGUCGCGGUUGUAGAUAACCAAAUGAGCAACGCCAACGGGCUUCGGCGGCUCAGUGUGUGCAAGAAGAACAUGGGCCACUUCGAGACGACGGAUUACGUCGACAUGGUUCACCACCUCUGCGAGCGGGACCCGUCUUUGGAUCCAGGCCGUGUCGCCAUCUUCGGCUGGUCCUACGGCGGCUACGCCACCCUGCUCGCGAUGGCGCAGGCGCCGGAGGUGUUUCGGAUCGGCCUCGCGGGCGCCCCCGUGGUGGAUUGGCGGUUCUACGACACCGGCUACACCGAGCGGUACAUGGGGCUCCUCCACGAGAAGCCUGCGGACCCGGAGACGGAGCGCGGGACGAUUAGUGAGGCGUAUCGGAAGAGCUCCAUCGUGCACUUCGUCAAGGGCUUUCCCGAUGAGCUUCACCGGGUCUACAUCACCCAUGGAUUGCUUGAUGAAAAUGUGCACUUCACACACACCUGCCAUCUCAUCAAUGCCAUGGUUGAGGAGGGGAAGCCUUUCCACAUGCUUGUGUAUCCGGGUGAGCGGCACGGCUUGAGGAAGAAAGAAAAAUCCCGACUUCAUUACGAAGCAACUCUGAUUAAGACUAUCAUUGAAGGGUUAAUGAACUAA